AUGCCUACAUUUGCUAAUAAGUGUGUGCAUCUGAGUGGCAACGCUUACAAUAGUUCAUCUGCACAUGCUAAUGUGCGCGUGCGUGGCGUGUUGCAGCUGAGCGGCGCGGCGGGGCGCGCGGUGGCGGAGGUGGCGCGGCCGCUGCUGCGCGAGUUCGGGCUGCUGGGCGACGCGGGCGAGGCGGGCGGGGCGGCGCUGCGCCUGGCCGGGUCGCGCGCGCGCGUGGACCCGUCCGCCGACGCCGCGCUGCUCGAGGGCGAGGUGCUGCUGAGUGAAGUUCCGGUUGAGCCAGAGGCGGACGCGCGCGUGGGCGCGGCGCAGGCGCUGCUGCGCGGGGAGCGCGCCUUCGCCGACGCGCUGGGCGCCGCGCAGGAGCUGUACGCGCGCCCGCUGCACAAGCUGCAGUGCCUGCCCGAGGAGCAGCACCGCGCGCUCUUCGCCGGCCUCGCCCUGCUCGCGCCCGGCGCCGCGCUCCUCCAGCGCAGGCUGACAGAGGCGCUGGAGGUGUGGGUGCCCGGCGGUUCCGAGCCAGACCUCGAGUGGCUGUUUCCUGAAGAACUAUGGGAUGGAUUUGACUCCUUUCUGGAAAGCUAUGGUGCUGCACGACGGCUGCUGCGCCAGAAGGCCGCCGCGGACGACGAGUUGCUGGAGCUGUGCCGCCUGCGCCGUGGCGCCGCCCUCGACACCCCGCAGUCGCUGCUCGAGCUACCGGUGAGGCCC